UCAAUUUGCACCCUAUCUAUCUACUAAUGUGGCUCAAACCUCACUGCUAGCUACCAAUACUUGCCUGGUAGCGACGGUGGUAAUUAGUUACUGAUUCAAUCGGCAAGAUGUCCAACGAAAACGUCAAAGUGGAGAAGGUGAAGGUGGAGAAGGUGAGCGCCCAUCAGCCAGCUUUUGUGGACGUGAAUAGUUUUGCUAUCAUGGACAAGGAGUGCAGUGCCCUUGGAGGUCUAUUCCAGAGUGUUGUCAAUGACAUGAAGGGAAGUUAUAUUGUCUUUGAAGAUUUUGCAGCAAAGGCUCUGAAACUGCACCAGCAUCUAAAAGUGACGAGCCUCGCCGCAGCUGCAUUCCUCGACUCAUUCCAGCGAGUCGCUGACAUGGCAACGGGCACCAAAG